GUUCACAGCGCCUGCAAGGAGCUCUUCGGCAAGAGGUGUCCCCUGGGCCAGUACAAAGUGUCCAUUAUCCCGCCUACUGCCCUGAACAGCAUCGAUUCAGAUGGUUUCUGGAAGGCCACCUGCCCCUCAACCUGCUCCAGCCCUCUCCUGGCCUUUGUCAACUCCAAGAGUGGGGACAACCAGGGUGUCAAGUUUCUGCGCAAGUUCAAGCAGUUCCUCAACCCAGCCCAAGUCUUUGACCUCAUGAAUGGGGGCCCGCACCUGGGGCUGCGCCUCUUCCAGAAGUUCUCCACCUUCCGGAUCCUGGUCUGCGGGGGGGACGGCAGCGUGGGCUGGGUGCUCUCGGAGAUCGAUGCCCUUGGCCUCCACAAGCAAUGCCAGUUGGGCGUCCUGCCCCUGGGGACUGGAAAUGACCUGGCACGGGUGCUGGGCUGGGGCAGCCUGUGUGAUGAUGACACCCAGCUGCUGCAGAUCCUGGAGAAGCUGGAAAGGGCCACCACCAAGAUGCUGGACCGGUGGAGUGUGCUGACCUACGAGGCCCCCAAGCAGUCCCCACCAGCUCUGAAGGAGGAGGAGAACGGGGACUCCAACAUCCAGGCCCAGAUCUCCCACUAUGCUGACUCUGUUGCCUUCCACCUGGCCAAGAUACUGGAGUCAGACAAGCACUCGGUGGUGAUCUCCUCUGCAAAGUUCCUCUGUGGCACUGUCAAUGACUUUGUGGCCGAAGUCGGCCGGGCUUACAGGCGGGCGACGGAGAACAAGCAAGAGGCUGAGCUGAUGGCACGGAAGUGUGCCAUGCUGAACGAGAAGCUAGACUCGCUGGUGCGGGAGCUGAACGAGGAGGCUCAGGCCAUCGUGGUCCCUCAGGGAAUGGCACAGGCCACCCCUGCCAACACCGAGGACCAGGAGAAAGGUGGCAGCUUCAACCCCAGCCCUGUGCCUCGCAUCUUCAAAUCCAAGGAGCAGCUCAUGCUGCGGGCAAACAGCCUGAAGAAAGCCCUGAGACAAAUCAUUGAGCAGGCGGAGAAAGCUGUAGAUGAGCAGAACAAGCAGACCCAAGCCUACCAGGGCAGCAUGGGCCCCAGCAGGAAGGACAGUUUGGAGCAGCUCAACAAGGAGGAGAAGCUCACCUCCCAGCAGGAGACAGUGACCAUGUCUUCCUCCAUCAUCCUGGACCGGCCAGACACCUUUGGCAGCUUGCAGUUCCCCGAAGAUCCCAGCGCCCUCCACUUCUCAGAGAAAUGUGUCAUGAAUAACUAUUUUGGCAUCGGCCUGGAUGCAAAGAUCUCUCUGGAGUUCAACAACAAACGGGAUGAGCACCCCAAGAAGUGCAGCAGCCGCACCAAGAACAUGAUGUGGUACGGGGUGCUGGGCACGAAGGAGCUCCUGCAGCGCACCUACAAGAACCUGGAGCAGCGCGUGCAGCUGGAGUGCGACGGGGUGCCCAUCUCCCUGCCCAGCCUGCAGGGCAUCGCUGUGCUCAACAUCCCCAGCUAUGCUGGAGGCAUCAACUUCUGGGGAGGCACCAAGGAGGACAAUAACUUCGGGGCUCCGUCCUUCGAUGACAAGAAGCUGGAGGUGGUGGCCGUCUUUGGCAGCAUCCAGAUGGCCGUGUCACGGGUCAUCAACCUCCAGCACCAUCGCAUCGCGCAGUGCCGUGUGGUGAAGAUCACCAUCCGUGGGGAUGAGGGUGUCCCUGUGCAGGUGGAUGGAGAAGCCUGGAUCCAGCCGCCCGGCGUCAUCAAGAUCCAGCACAAGAACCGAGCCCAGAUGCUGACGCGGGAUCGGGCAUUCGAAAGUACCCUCAAGUCCUGGGAGGACAAGCAGAAGGGGGAGAGCUACUCACGGCUCAGCUCCCAGCAGUCCAUGGAGUACCUGACCGAGGAGGAGAGCAGCCUCUUGCAGCAGGUCUCACGGGUUGCAGAGACCCUCAUUGCCAGGAUCCACGAGGCAGCCAAGGCUCAUAAAGCCAUGGAGCAGGAGCUAGCACAUGCUGUCAACACCAGCUCCCUGGCACUGAGUGAAGCCCUCUCCAACAAAGCUGCUGGCACCUCGGAGGUGAGCUAGGUCAGCGGAUGCUUGAGCAUCAAGGAGCUGUAUACUGAGACCAGGAUGUUCCUGGAAGGGAAGCAGGACUGGGACAGUCCCUGUGCCCCUCAGCUGGACUCGCCCCAAGAGGAGGAGGCACUUCAUGGGCCCCUGAGCGUGCUGGGCCAGGAGCUGCAGAGGCUGCUGGACAUCCACUGGCUGGGGCCUGUUGCCCACCCUGCUGAGGAGGAAAGCACUGGCAGCACCAACAAGGGCAGCUUCAAGCUUCGCCUCAACAUCCCCAAGCCCAGGAAGGACAAGGACAAGGUGCAAAAGCAGAGGACCAACAGCGUGCUCCCAGGACCUGGGGAUCACCAAAGUGGGACACAUGAAGAGAAUCCUCCAGGCCAUUAA